AUGACUGCUGAAAGGCACAGACAGAUUCCGAUCCAUCAUGCCAUUUCCUCGGGAAAUACGACUUAUCGGGAAGAGAUUCAUCUUGCAGUGAGGCUAUAUGAUCCAAAGCAUGCAACAAGUGUGGUGAAACGAUAUCUUGAUGAUGACGAGGCCAUUGAAACAAUCACAACUAUGACUUGGCUUGCACAAAGUCGAGGUUUGCUGGUUCCCGGGUUUACUUUAGCUGGGUUUUCCUUAGAUGACGUUAACGACUGCGGUAAACCCGUAAACUGCUACGAUGUUCGACGACGUGGGUUCUACCAAAGCGGGGUUUAUAGGAUCUGGCCUCUGUACUUCAAUAAACCCGUCCAGGUUUUCUGUGAUAUGUUGACCGAAGGAGGAGGAUGGACAGUUUUACAGAGAAGAGAACAACUUGAAAGUAACCAAGAUUUUUACUUACCAUGGAAUAGUUAUAAACACGGAUUUGGGAAUUUAUCGGGAGAAUUUUGGAUAGGAAAUGAGCUUAUAUUUGCAUUAACAAAUGAAGAAGACAUGACUCUUCGAUUUGAUUUAGAGGCCUUUGAUGGCGAAAAGAAAUAUGCGAGGUACACGUCGUUCCUUGUAAAUAGUGAAAGAGAGCUUUACAAAAUAACCGUUGGUUCAUAUCAAGGUACUGCAGGGGACAGUCUUUCCUAUCACAACGGUUCCCAUUUCUCAACCCAUGACAGAGAUAACGACAACUUGCCAACAAGCUGCGCGGUAAGUCGACGUGGUGCUUGGUGGUUUAAAGAGUGCGCCGAAAGUCAUUUGAACGGAGUUUAUGAACCAAGUGGAAAAACGUUGGCUGGAGAGCAGGGCGUGUACUGGCAGCAUUUCAGAAAUGAUCCAAAGUUUUCAUUAAAGAGAUCCGAGAUGAAGAUUAGGCCUGAAUUUUAA